UCGAAUAAAAUUGAAUUUUUAAAAUCAAUUUAUGAUUUUAAAGUAUUAUCAAAUAUAUUUGUUAAUAAUAUGACUAUUGGUUAUGUUAAUUUAACAAUGUUUAAUAUUAAAAUUCAAUAUACAAUAUUAAAUAAAUAUAUGUCACAUAUAUUUGAUUUAGAUAAUUCAAAUGGUCGAUUAUUUAUUAAAAAUGAAAAACAAAUUCAACUUUCAUAUUUUUAUGAUUUUGUAAUAUCAAUUAAUAAUAAACAAAAUGAUAUUGCAAGAAUAAAAAUUAUAUUUCAAGAAAAUAAAAAUAAAUAUAAUUGUUAUAUAAAUGAAAAAAUAAUUUUUAAUAAUAAUGAAAAUAAAAUACAAACAAUUGGAUUUAUACAUGUCAAUGAUACAAAUGAUAAUCAACCAAUUAGUACGUAA